AGUACUACAGUGAAAGGCCGCGCGGCCGGUCAGUGCUGCGUGCAUACGGGAGCGGGGUGCACGGCUGUGCGGGUAGGUGGCGAACGGUGGAGACUCGGCGAGAGACAGUGGAGAGACGACCGAUCGGCGGACGGACCUAGUCCUAACCAUGGCUGAGUCGGCGUCGACAACCAACGGCGCCGCACAGAACUCCUAUGCCGAGGACCGACACCAGGCCACAACGGACCGACAUGCAGAAAGGCCUCCGAAGACCGACGAUCCUUCUCAUGAGCUGUUGUACGGCGUUAACGAUGUUCCUCCGUGGUACACGUGUCUGCUGCUUGGGUUUCAGCAAUUCCUGACGAUGUUGAACGGCUCUGUGGCGAUGCCACUGAUGGUGACGCCGCUGACCUGCAUGGCAGACGACGACCCGGCGAGGGGCUACAUCAUCGGCGCUACCCUCUUCGUGUCCGGCAUCACCACGCUGCUACAAGCCACCUUCGGGACAAGGCUGCCGAUCGUACAAGGUCCGAGCUGGACCUACCUCGCGCCCAUCGCCGCCGUCAUGCAGCUGCCCCAGUGGAAGUGUCCUGAUGAUGACCUGUUGGCGAACAUGAGCUCCGAGGAACGCAGCGCGCUGUGGCAGCCGAGGGUCAACGAACUGCUUGGGGCGCUGGCGGUGGCUUCGGUCAUACAGCUGCUUCUCGGCGCUACCGGAGCCGUCGGCCUGCUGUUACGCUUCAUUUCACCGAUCACGGUCGUCUGUACCAUCACAGUGCUCGGCAUCGGUUUCUUCGAGUCAUUCCGUGGAAUGAUGUCUUCCCACUGGCCUGUGUCGCUGCUAACGAUGUUUUUGGUGAUUUUAUUCAGCCAGUAUCUACGAGACGUGAAGAUACCAUUUCCAUAUUGCACAAGGAAAAGUAAAGGAGUGAUACGAGUUCCCAUUUUCAAGCUUCUGCCGGUGCUGCUGAGUAUAAUGCUGAGCUGGUCUCUGUGCGCCAUUUUGACUCACCUCGACGUGCUACCGGCAGGUUCGGCAGCCAGGACUGAUCUCAAUAUCAACGCGCUGAGCGAGGCGGUCUGGCUGCGUGUACCGCUGCCGGGACACUGGGGCGCCCCCACCGUCCACAUCGGACCCGUGCUGGGCAUGACUGCCGCCGUUCUGGCCUCCAUCGUCGAAUCCAUCGGAGACUACUAUGCGUGCGCCAAAAUGUCCGGCGCGUCGGCGCCGCCCGUACAUGCUAUGAACCGGGGCAUCACCAUCGAGGGUCUGGGCGGCAUCCUUUCGGGACUGUUUGGAGCCGCCAACGCAUCCACCAGCUACAGCGGCAACAUUGGCAUCAUCGGCGUCACCAGGGUGGGCAGCCGCCGUGUGGUACAGUUUUCCGCCGUCUACAUGAUCCUGUUCGGCUUAGUUGGCAAAUUCGGCGCACUGUUCGUGUCGAUACCGGCGGCCAUUUACGGCGGCGCAUUUGUCGCCCUGUUCGCCAUGAUCGCAGGAAUGGGACUAUCUCCACUGCAGUAUAUCGAUAUGAACUCUCCAAGAAACAUGUUUGUGGUCGGAUUCUCCGUUCUCAUCGCAUUGGUUAUUCCUGGGCAUAUUGAGAAGAACCCAGAGCUUCUGACCACAGGAAUACCGACUCUGGACCAAAUGACAUAUGUGGUCCUAUCAACUGCGAUGUUCGUGGCUGGACUAAUAUCUGCCGUUCUUGAUAACACCAUUCCAGGUACUGAUAAGGAGCGCGGGGUGGACCGGUGGCGAGCCCUGACAGCGGGAGCCGCUGCGGGGGCCGACAGUGACCCCACAUACCGCCUGCCCUGGGGCAUGCGCCUCCUCGAAAGGUGGCGGUGGACCCGCCUGCUGCCCUUCAGCCCCACAUUUGAGGGUUUCCCAGAGCUGGGAGACACGAACUGCUGCCGCCGGCCACGCUCCCGACAGUGCAGCGUCGAACUCAAGAAGGCUGCGGCCAUCAGCCCCGCCUAGAUGAGGGCGGAGAGGGUCACUACGUGAGGGGAGGCGUGGACCCGUGAAGAGGUGUACCAGCUUGUGAGAAAGGAUGUCGUAAAAUGGUGUACGCGCCUUCAACGCCGACUGUGAUCCUGCGUGAUGCCUCUCGGUGCCUUAGUAAGGGCAGGUAGUGCCGCAUGGAUGCCGUCAAGCCAUGCAGAUGGCCCCUGUUGGAUGCGUUGAAGAAUUAAUGACAUUUUUACUAUAUAUGUAUGAACGUUUCAUCAUGGAUUGUACGUUUGGGCAAUGACGCCGUAUUUUCCAUGUCGUGCACCAUAUAUAACUAUAUACUUGUAGGCAUGCGAGAUGUCAAUUGCAUGUAUGGUUAUUGGUUAUCGUCUAUUAAAUGUAAACGAUACCUAAUUGCAAAGGCUAUUUAUGCUUUGUUCUUUAUUCACAUGCUUUUUACACCGUUUGGAAGGCGUAAAUGUAUUUAUAAAUGUAUUUAGGUAAAAGCAAAUGGUAAUACUUAGCUCUAAAAAUACCUUUCACUUUCAGAGUGCGUCAGCCACUUCUCUAUACCUGAUCGCAUCAGAAGACGUCUCGAUUAUAAGUCGAUACUGCGAUCAUGAGCAGGCAACAGCUUGAAGGUCGUGUUAUUAUGAUUUUUUUUUUAGAAUGGUCUGAAAACGAAUGGACCGACUUAAUGUAGGUAGAGAACAAGUACGUCAUCCAAUCACUUCAGUACCUACUCAUGAACACCGUUUCUUCAAAGCCGUCCUUUUGAACCGCGUUGUAUUUAUAAUUAAGGCUGAUGUUAUGAUACUGGAAAUAGUUAGUGCAACGGUAUGAAUAUUGUUCAAUACAACAUCGACACUGACGUCCAUAACCAUCACGAA